AAAAGUUAAGGUAAUAGAGCUUGAAAAUCGUCGGAUCAGCAUCAGAGAGGUAGCAGAGAAUCUCAACAUCUCUUAUGGAACAACUCAACAUAUUUUGGGUAUGAAGCGUGUCAAUCCUACAUGCAGAUUCGUACCAAAAUACCUGAAUUUUUCGCGAAAACGACGUCGAGUAGAGGUCGCAAAAGAUGUGCUUGAUAACGUAGUCAAACGCAUCAACAACUGGUGACGAGACGUGGGUUUAUAAAUAUAAAGGCUUAUAACAAGUGCAUGGGCAAUUGUAUUAAACAAAGCCUAUUUCGAAGGCAAUAAUAUAGAUUUGUACUAAAAUACGUAAAAAAAAGUUUCAGUCCGGGUCAAAUUUGACCAGUUUGUACAAAACAUUUAAUUUGUGAAUUUUCUUCAGAAAACUUAAAGAAAAUUUCAUCAAAAAAAUCGUGUUUAAAUUUAACUAAAAAAUAAACGAAAUUACUAAGUAAACGCUUUAAUACUUGGUAAGAAAAAAGCAGAAAAAAAUCAACUUUUUCCGACUCGGCAAAUUUAAAUAAUAAUAUCUUUAAUUCCUAUAGCAAUGCGACACUGCGUAGAAAACGCUAAAUCUGACAAUCAGCUGUUUCUAUACGACUCUACCAGUUCUGCAAACGCCGUUGCUCAUCCGUUGUUUGUAAUCACUUUUUAUUUAGCAGUGCCGUUGUUAAAUUUAAUAUUUAAUAUAGACAGAUAUUCAUUGGUAUUUGAUUUAUCCUAACUGUUCAAAAUGCUGAAAAAGUAUUUUUUUUUUCGCCUGGAGACGGCUGCUAUGAUCAUUGGUUGGUUUGAAACAAUUGGUUCAAUCUUAUCAGUGUUGAUAUUUGGCUUCUGUUUGGGUUAUGUGGAUGAUAUUGUCAAGGAAAUUAUAAAUCAAGCAAAAGAAAGUGACCAGAUAAAUCCUGAUGAAGUUCGUAAAGUUCUUGUUAUUGGAUUUGUGUUCUUUAUCAUGUUGAGUGCAAUAAAUCUAUUUGCAUCCAUUUGCUUAUUAUUGGGCACCAUUAAGGAACGACAUCUCUUGCUACUUCCAUGGCUGUUUAAUUCGCUCUUUUCCCUUUUAUUCGCUUUUAUUUACUACUUUAUUCUAAUUGACUAUAUUAUUUCUACGCAAAUUCCAUUUUCAUCUGGUUUUGGCUCGAUUCUGUUAAUUUCCCUCAGUUUUGCUCUGAAACUUUACACUUGGUUGGCGAUGUAUUCACUUUUCAAAAAUAUUCGCAGUAAUCGCGACCAACGAGAGCAACUGCUUCGUCCCACUGGCGGCUUAUAUCCAUCGUAUACCAAUAUGUAAUAUGAAUAUUAAAUACACUUAUCAUAUGUAUAUGUUAUGCAUACAUUUAUAAUAUAUAACCGAAUUGUGCUAAAUUGGUUAAUAUAACCAACACUUAAGAGUAUUAAUCCAUUAUAUUUAAGAAGGAAUAAUUUAAAAUUUACGAACACUCAUACCUAUAUAAAUGUACUUCAUUCGAAAACGAAAUAAAAUACAGUUAUACAUAAUAAUAUGUAAAAAUACAUUAACUGCUA